AUGCCAGUUGAAGAACAAAGUCUCAAAUAUUUGGAGGUGGUUGACGACUCUGAAUUCACAAAACCAGAAGAAUCUAAUUUUAAAUGCAGGUUUGAACAACUAAAAAAUGGCCUGGAAAUAUUUCUUAUUUCCAGUGAAAAGUUGAAUGGUACUUGCGUUAAUCUUCUUGUCAAAGUUGGCUCAGCUCAUGAAGGAUCUGAAAUUGACGGAUUGGCUCAUUUUUUAGAGCAUUCAUUAUUUUUGGGAACAAAGAAUUUUCCAGGACAAAAUGAAUUUGGAAAAUUUGUAAGAACUCACGGAGGAGCUACAAACGCAUCCACAGAUGUUUUAAUGACACAUUACUCAUUUUCUAUUCCAAACCAAUUCUUAGAACCAACUUUAGAAAGGUUCUGUGAAUUUUUUAAGUCACCUUUAUUUUCUGAAGAGUAUCUUCAAAAUGAAAUAAAUGUUGUAGAAAGCGAAUUUCUUUCGAAGACAAAUAAUUAUUAUACAUUAUUGGAGCAUGUAUUUAAACAGAUUGCAGAUGAAACCCAUAUAUACAGUAAAUUUUUCUAUGGUAACUCUAAAACUUUGAAAAAUCUUCCUGAGAAAAAUGGAAUUUCUCUUAGGGAAAGGACAAUUCGCUUUUUUGAGGAAUAUUAUGGUUCUGAAAAUAUGGUAUUAUUUAUAUUAAGCAAUUUCUCUAUUCAAGAGCUGUCCAGAAUUUCAUUUAAGUACUUUUCAAGUAUUAGAUCUUGCACUAGAUUAUCUCCAAAACCAGAAUCCUUAUCUUUAUACCCAGAAUUUCCAUAUUUAGGUGUUUCAAGGAAACUAGUAAAAAUUCACCUAAAUACAAAUAAAAAUGAACUAAUGUUGAUAUUUCCAUUACCUAAAAAAGAGUAUGGAUUAUCAAGGAUUUUUACUAAAUAUUUAUCAUUUUUUCUUUGCCCAAAAACAGGAGAAGGGCUACUAAAUGAUAUAAUUCAAAAAAAACUUUGCUAUAACAUAUCAUUGAGUGAUACGUAUUCUCAAUUAGGGUUUUCUUACAUCGCAAUUAUCUUGUCUCUAUCAGAACAGGGAAUUUUAAAUAUGAAAAAAGUUAUCUUGUCUUUAUUUUCAGCAUUUCAGAUUGUGAAAAAAACUACAUUGAUUGACGAGUAUAUUCAACGAAUCUCAAAUAAAGAUUACCUUGAUUUUCUUAAAAUUGAAGAUAUUCUGCCAUCAAUACCGGCAUUAGAAUUACUUAAAGUAUAUUAUAUGACAAAAAGUACUCCACAAAAUUUAUUUUCGGCUUACUAUUUUACACCUCAAUUUUCACAACAAGUUUUUGAAGAUUUUAUGAGCUAUCUGAAUGUUGAAAAGAUGGUGGCAAUCAUAAUAGGUUCUCAAAUUGAACUAGAUACACUAAUUAAACAAAAAAUUAUUCAAAAAUCAAACUAUAAAGAUUACUUAAAUAAAAAAAAACAUUUUAAAGAUUAUAUCGCGAAUAUCAUCCGUUCAGGAUACAUUGGAAAUGUAGAAAGUAAGUAUUUGUUAACGGAGAAACACUUUAAAACAAAUUAUUCUAUAUGGGACUUUUCAGAGAGAAUGUUAUCUUCCAUUUCAGAAAUCAAAGUAGAAUCGGGAGUUGACUUUAGUAAUGUUCCUUUACCAAUGCAAACUAUAGCUCUACUUGAUUCAACAAACAUUAACAAAAUGAACAUAAUCCUUAAACCUCCUUUAUUGCUUGAUAUUGCCUAUCAGUUUGAAAAACUCAAACUUUCAGGAAAAAAAGACUUUCCGAUAUCUAGAAAUCUAAAAAUUUCAAGUAUCUGGAGAGGAUUAUUCUAUAUCCAGAUCCCUAGAAACACAUUUUCUAGUUCUUUUUUUGUAUUUAGAUUGGUAAUUCCUCCGUUGUUUGGAAAAAAGUCAUUUGACCAAUUUUCUGAAAGUGGUUUUUAUAUUAGAAAUAUGUACCACUCUUACGCCUUAACACAAUUAUUUGCCGAGUUAAUUAAAAAAAAAAUUAAUUUGAGCUUUGAUAAAUUAUCUAAAGAAGGAACAUUUUUACAAAUAUACCCAACAUAUCGUAGCCCAUAUCCAAACUAUGCUAUAGGAAUUGAGUAUUAUUUAUAUGGAAAGCUAGACAAUCUUUCUAAAUUUAUGCAUGAAUUAUCUCAUACACUGAAGAAUAUCUGUAAAAUAAAAAGUGAAGAGUUUGAAGUAAUCAAGGAAGAAACAAUAGGAAAACUUCUUUUAAUGAAUAGCCAGUUAUUAUACAGGGACUUAAUUUGUGGGGCCGAAAAUGAGGUUUUAAAUACUGGAUUUAUAAAUAAUAAAAAGUUUCUUAAUUUGGUUAAUAAAGUUAAGAUGAGUGAGAUAAUUGCAUUAUCCAUUUUUUUUCGAAAAAAUUGCAUUUUUGAAGGAAUAUUUGCAGGUAGCACCCCUAUUCAUAUAUUUAAAGCAGUAUUGGACGACUUUAUCUCAAAUUUAAGGGGUCUAAAGUUUUCAGAGAUUAAUAAACCUUUAUUUUAUGUUAAAGAUAACCCGGAUAAUGAUAAUUAUUUUAAAUUUUACUAUAAAAAAAUCUUUUUUAUACAGAAUGAGGAUUCACAUAUAUAUACAAAAAAGAAGGCUAAUUACAAUGGUUUUGAUUUGAUUGACUUGUUUUCAAUACCUCCAAACAAAAACAAGAUUUAUUACUUAACAAAAAAUAUUAAGAGCAAACAUAAUUUGAUUAGACUUUCUGUUUUCUUUAAAAAGGAAAGCCCUAUAACAUUUUUCAAACUCCAAAUGAUCAACCAAGUAUUUUUUGACAUUCUUUUCGAGCAUGUUAGACAGAGAAAACAAAUUGCUUAUGAGUUUAACUCUGAAGUAUGCGAAGUAUCAGAUAAAAUGCUUUCUUAUUCAUUUAUUAUUCAGACUGAUAAUCACACUAUUAUGAGUACUACACUCACAUUAUUAGAAUGUUUAAAGGAGUUGUCACCAAAAAUUAUAAACGAGGAGCUUUUUAAGGUUGUUCUUCUUGAAAAAAUUGAGUUUUUGGAACAAGGGGACUCAGUACUCAUGGGGAUUAAUUCAUUUAUUACAAACACUUUUAAUAGAACAUUUAACUACAAAUUAAGAGAGGAAAUUUUAGAAAAUCUUCGCUCUUUGAGCUUUAUUCAGUUCCAAAGCUGGUUUUCUCUUUCUCUUAAAAAUGCACCAAUAUUAAUUACUGCUUGUAUUUCAGAGAAUGCAAACAGUUCAGAUAGAAAAAUAAGUCAAAAAUUUAUUCCUCCUGGUUUUACAAAAAUUAAAAAACCCAUGGAACUUUUUAAAAUUAACAAAGUCAAAUCAUAUUAUAUUUACCAGAGGAUUUUUAAUUAA